AUGUCACAACCCACCAAGUUCAUGAGACUUGCAAGUCCCAAUGAACGCCGAACAAUCAGUCGCGAAGAUGUCGGCUUUUACAACGCGCUCGUCAUAGCGGCAAUUUAUGAAAUUGCGAGUGAAAAUGUAGAUGUCAAUUGCGCCGAGUCAUUUCUUGCACCUUUGAAACACUGCAUAGAGAAGUACCCACACCUAAGCGUGGUAGUCAAGGACAAGGAUACCGAGAAGCCAUCAUACGAAGCUGUUUCUAGUAUUGAUCUCCACAAUCAUUUGUCUAUAAUUCACGAAGACGAAGCUAGUAGCAAUGGCGAGACAGCAACAAUUGAAAAGAUCAUGCCAGCCAUACUUGACCGGCCUUGGCCUGCUGAUAUCCCACCUUGGCGAAUCGUGGUCCUCCCUUUGGUUUCUCCCCAAGAAUCCAAAGCGAAGCGAUGCUUUGUCGCCUUUGCAUUCUCUCAUGCUCUCGGAGACGGCAUGGUUGGAGUCGCCUUCCAUCGCACUUUUCUAGAUGCAUGGCGCCAGACCGCUGGUAUGGAGGAGAGUGCCUCUUUCUUAAUGACUCCUACAAGUCAAACGCUUCCGGCACCCUUUGACACACCUGAAAGGCUUCCCAUAUCUUGGAAGUUCCUCCUUGAGCCGUUGAUAGCUGUUUACUUGCCAAAGUUUCUAUGCAAACUUCUUGGGCUCCGCGCAUCUGCUAGCACGCUAGAUGCCGGUACUUGGAUUGGGUCGCCCAUGUUCUUCAAUCCGGCAGCCGCCCUCCAGAGCAGAGUAAGGAUAAUUGAUAUCGAGGCUUCGCUCGUUCAGAAGGCCCUUCAAGCGUCAAGAAGCCAUGGUACCAAGCUCACAGGGACGGUGCACCAAAUGAUUGUUCGGGCGCUAAGCAAGGCCAUUCCUAGUCCUGGCGUGACCAAUUUUGUCUCGGGAACGCCCGUUGAUAUGCGAGCAUCUAUCGGGACGCCUGGUCUCACAUGGGGUCUUUUCGUCUCUGGACAUUACGAGGUACAUCCACGGGUACCGAAUGUGACGGAGCCUGCUUUGUCCGAGGAGAUGUGGGCCGCUGCCAGUUCAAUAACACAGAAACUCGCUAUAUGUGGUGCGACGCUACAAGACCAAGCAAUCGGCCUUCUGAGAUAUGCCCCCAGCAUCAGGGAUUGGACGUUGAGUAAAAUUGGACAACAGCGGGACUCCUCGUAUGAACUGAGCAAUUUGCUUGCGUUUGAUAACAUGGACGACAGUGCAGACCAAAAAUGCAAGGUUGUUAAGAUGGUGUUCUCACAGCCUGGAAAUGUUACCAGUGCGCCACUUGUUUUCAACAUGAUCAGUGUCAAAGGGGGUAGCUUGGUGUGCACAGUAAGUUGGCAAGCUGGGGCCUUGGAUGUCCCAAUAGAGGAGGAAAUGCCAUUAGUUGAUCAUAUAUGUUCGUCGAUUCGAGCGGACUUUGAAGCCUUGGAUUAA